CAGAGAGCAGCAGAACGGAGGGAACCGAGCACCGGAGCACCGAGGAACACAGCUCCUGCAGCUUCGUGCUUAUCAAGACCAGCCGGCUUUUUCGCUUCUAAAAGCAUUUCUUUCCAACUUCAGCUACAGUGUUAGCUAAGUUCGGAGAGGAGGACAGAGAGAAACGCCGUGUUAUUCCUUUAUUCUAGAAAGCGUCGCUGCAGACUGGAGGAUGCAGUGUUAGCAGCUGGGUCGAUCUCCCUCAGCGUCACAUUACAAAAGAGGAGCAGAAAAACAAUAUCUGAUUUAUUUUUCACACUUGGACAGCUUUAAAAUGGAUAACUCUGGUCCCAAGAAGACCUGUUGUGAAUCUGUCAGAGACUUUUUCACUUCAGCUAAAUUCCUUAUUUACAUGGGACACGCUCUGUCAACAUGGGGUGACAGAAUGUGGAACUUCGCCGUGGCUGUGUUCCUGGUGGAGCUGUAUGGGAACAGCCUGCUGCUCACGGCCGUGUACGGGCUGGUUGUGGCCGGCUCUGUGCUGCUGCUGGGAGCCAUCAUUGGGAACUGGGUGGACAGGAAUCCCAGACUCAAAGUGGCCCAGACCUCGCUGCUCGUCCAGAACAGUUGCGUCAUCGUGUGUGGGAUCCUCCUGAUGGUUGUUUUCCAGUUCAAAGAACAGCUUGUGGAGCUUUACAAUGGAUGGAUUCUGACCACCUGCUACAUCCUGGUGAUCACCGUCGCCAACAUCGCCAACCUGGCCAGUACGGCCACAUCGAUCACCAUCCAGAGGGACUGGGUGGUGGUUGUAGCGGGUCAGGACAGCAGCAAGUUGGCAGACAUGAAUGCCACCGUGCGCAUCAUCGACCAGCUGACUAACAUCCUGGCCCCCAUGUUGGUGGGUCAGAUCAUGUCCUUUGGCUCUCACUUUAUCGGCUGCGGCUUCAUCUCUGGCUGGAACCUGUGCUCCAUGUGUCUGGAGUACACGCUGCUCUGGAAGGUCUACCAGAAGACACCAGCGCUGGCGGUGAAAGGCGGUCAGAAGGAGCAGCAGCAGGAGCUCAAACAGCUCGGCACCCCCAAAGAGUUGGAGAGCGGCCAGAGUCCAGAGGAGUCGUCUCAGCCGCUGAUGAAUGAAACUUCUGCUGUAGCUAAACCCGACUCCCCCAAGAACCACGGUUUCUGCCACCAAGUGAGCGAACCCCUGCGCACCCUCAAAGCCGGCUGGGUGGCCUACUACAACCAGAACAUCUUCUUUGCCGGGAUGUCCCUGGCUUUCCUCUACAUGACGGUGCUGGGCUUCGAUUGCAUCACCACGGGCUACGCCUACACGCAGGGCCUGAACGGCUCAGUGCUCAGUCUGCUGAUGGGGGCCUCGGCCAUAUCGGGCAUCUGCGGCACCGUGGCCUUUACCUGGGUUCGUAAGAAGUGUGGCUUGAUCCGCACCGGCUUCAUCUCGGGCAUUGCCCAGCUGUCCUGCCUCAUGCUGUGCAUCGUCUCCGUCUUUGCUCCCGGGAGCCCCUUCGACCUCAGUGUGUCGCCCUUCACGGACCUUUACACCCACCUGAUGGGAGAGACAACGCUCCCUGAGGCUGACCACAUCCUCUCUCCUGUUCUUGUUGGAAACUCAACUACUGCUGCACCAACCGAAGUGAUGCCCCCCCUGCAGUCCUACAUGUCUGUGAGCCUGCUGUUUGCCGGCGUCAUUGCUGCUAGAGUUGGCCUGUGGUCCUUUGACCUGACAGUAACCCAGCUCAUCCAGGAGAAUGUGAUCGAGUCGGAGCGAGGUGUGAUCAACGGCGUCCAGAACUCCAUGAAUUACCUCUUAGACCUGCUGCACUUCAUCAUGGUGAUUCUGGCGCCAAACCCGGAGGCCUUCGGCCUGCUGGUCAUCAUCUCUGUCUCCUUCGUGGCCAUGGGUCACAUCAUGUACUUUGGGUUUGCCUUCAAGAACCUGGGCAGCCGGCUCUUCCUCUGCUGCUCGCCGGAGCAGAAGGUGGAGACGGUGGAGAGCCCCUCACUUCCUACAACCGUCUAACCACGUCAAAGAGACUGUGUCCUGGGUACAUAUCUCUCAAGCCUUACACCAACCCUGCAUCGUAUUUAUCUAACUAACCUCUUUGCUUGUAGCUGACAGAAUGCUAACAGAGCCAGAGAAAGGUAACCUAACAUGCUAUGCAUACUGUAGCCAUUAACAGAGCAUUAAUCAUAGGCAGAUGGAGGUGAGUAGAAAGCUUGCAGUCAUAGAAAACUAAUCCAUAGUCAAACGUAGGAUGUGGCAGGGUUUCUCUAACUUUCAGAUACGAGCCUCAGUCCACGCUCUCUGAUACAUACAUGUACUGUCAAACAAGGAUCCAUCGCUACUACGCUUGAGACCCCAAAGUGAGUCCUGCUGAAGAAGUCAGGGGAUAAAAGAACUGUAAACUCUCUCCUCCAAACAGCCUGAGGUUCAGCUGUAAAGAUUUCAAAGGUGCUUCAGCUGACCACAAGACAGGAGGAGGGAGAAAUGUUGCAGGGAAGCAGGAACUGAGGGCGAAAAGACAGCGUCCCCUACUUUGUUGGUGCUGUAGCUGUGUCUGCUAGCUGUUCUCUGAUAGCAUACAUGUAUGAAGAGCAUGUUGUGGAUGUCUUCCUGCCAAGGGUGGGAAGAUACUUUUUAUAUAACCAAACACAAAACUGGGAUCUAGUCUCUUUUAUACAUGGUUAUGAGAAGCGAUGUCAUAGACUGCAUGUCAGGGUUUGACUUUUGUUAGAUGCCAUCUUGAUUUUUUAAAGCCGGAAGUGACCGUUUUUGGAUGACAGGGUGGAUCUGAAGAGAAGCAGACCCUAAGCUACCAAUCUAUAGCAGUGCUUGCUCGGUUAGCAGGGGUGUGACUUGUAAGGGUGCUAAAAGUGGCUGACACUGGAAAAGGUGGAAAUUACAUGUACUUGGUAAAAAAGAAGCAGCAUUGAAUGUUAGGCAAGAUGUAUUUAAAGUCUCCGUGGUUGCGUCUUGUAGUCUUGACCUAAAAAAUAGACUCUUCAUUGAUUUGACUCUAAAUGAGAUCAUGUUUUACAAAUAAAUAACAUACUGAAUUGAUAAAGACUCAAAACAACAGAUUAAAAAUAAACAUUUGAAUACAAUUAGACAACCUUUGCAACAGGUAGAGUCGCCCCCUGCUGGCCAUUAGAGGGAAUGCAAGUUUAAGGCACUUGAGAAAACUUCUGCAGCUGUCAGCUUCUCACAUGCAGUCUAUGGUUGGAGCUCUUUACUGUAUUUAUUCAGGAGAUGCAGAUGGUGGUUUUUAUAAUACAGAAAUGUAUCAUCAGUAUUGUCGCAGUUGUGCCAUAAGAGCAACAUGAGAAAUCCUAUGCACCCUUAGUCAAGAUCUCUCUCAGUUACCAAAGUCAAAGUCUUUAUGUGGCGUUUAAGGAAGUGAGGGAAACCUGGAGCAUUCCAAAUCUAUAUUUUUACAUCAGGUGACAGUAGCUGUGUAGGUUCACUAAAGCUUUCAUACACACCUUGUAAAUCCGAAUACUUCGCACCCACUCUGAGAUUGUACCUGAAUCAUGCCGUAGUUUACAUUUGUAGUGUUAUUUUGUCACUGUUUGAUUUUUAUGUUCUCUUCCUUGAGUAAUUUUAGAAUCAUGAUUGUUGUUACACCGGCACUUUAAGUGAUUGACGUCUGUCAUUACACCCAACGCGUGAUCAGGCAUUUGAUCAAUACUUUUGCACAAGGCUGAAGUCCUGACCCCCUCCUCUCCCCCCUCCCCCUCCAUGCUCUAUCUAGUUUAAUCACUUAAAGUCUUUGUUCAGGCCCUGAGGGGAAGUCUCAGUUCAAAAAGGCACAUCAUUUAACCUUUAGCACCACGUGUCCAUGAGGACAAAUUAAACAAAGUCCUGUGGAAACAAAAACACCUCAAGUUUACCUCAGAUAUCCCUAAAGAGAAAAGCAGUAGAGCUUCAUCAGCAAACUCUGAUCCAUGCAGCGAAUUUCCAACAGACUGAGGUUGUUUUCACAAAGAUGCUUUGGACUGGAUCGUAGAAUAACGACAGUCUGCUCUCUGUUUGAGCUCCAUUUCACAAAAGUCAACACUGACUCAUUUUAAUCCUUACCCCCAGACUAAAUCAGGUCCAAGACAUGUGAAGUUAAACCUCUACUGACCCCACAUACUCCUCUUAGUAUCCCCUCACCCACAGGCCACAUAUCCAUCAUUACUCAAACUUUCCUGCAGAGUUUGUCCUUUUUAAUACUCUCCCGGAUUGUUUUGUGUGAAAUGUCCUUGUAACUGUUGUUUCCAAAAGAUAAACAUGUUCUGCAUGAAUAUAUGGAAAUUACCAGUUGGAAGCAGUCACUUAGUUGUAUAUUUCUUUACUUUAAAUAAGAUAAAUGUAAUCAUAAUUCAUUGCACCAUGGUCUUGCUUAUGACAAGCCUGAACUGUAAAGUUUAUGUGAGGGUCAGAGUCGAGUGCUCUUUGUGAAAUCAGCCCCUGGAUGUGGACUGGAUCAGGGUUUUAGCUCUUAUUUCUUAAAAUCAUAAGCAGAGGUUGGAACAUUUGGCUUUACAGGAUCAACCUGAGGAUAUCUUGUGAAAGUUUCUUGCAGGCUUCGUCUCUCUUGAGGGUAGGCUGUGAGCCUCAUAAAAGACUCCAAGUGAGGUUAUUUAAAUGUGGACGUAUGCAAAUAUGACAGGAUAACUGAAAACACUGAAACGUAGUUAUAGAGUGAAGAGUCACAGUUUUAGAAACAACAAACUGCCUAAAAUGUUCUAACUGUAGUCACCAGAAGAAGCCUAAGAAGUAUCAGUACGGCCGUCUUAUAUUGCAUUUAAAUUCAGCUUUUUAUUUUUUGAGGUCUAAAAUGUAAUAACAGCCGAACCCCAUAAUAGCGACUUAAUGAAGUAACCAAUAUAGCUUAACUAGUUCCUUUCCGCCUCUGACCUUCAGUGAUUUAUCGCCUUAAUGUAAAUCAGCUGUUAAACGCACACAAGUGGCUACAUCCAGACAUUGCCAGCUGCAUCCUGCCUGACGGUAAAAUCCUGCCAGUCUAGCCAGAUUCUGGUGGGAGGUAGGGAGGGAGAUAUUUAGGUUGGCAACAGGAGUAAGCACACCAGAUGUAGGAGAACAAAAGCCACUUCUAGUUGCACAUUCCCACCAAACCUUCUGGAUGCCGUGUUGGUGUGUCAGGGUGUCUGCAGGUGUGCCAUGAAGGUGCAGACUCACAGGGAAUGGAGCUUAAUUUUCAUGUUCCACUGACCAUUUAUUUUUGUAACCACAGACUCGGUCUGGGCACAAGAAGAAAACCAGCUCUUAAAACGGCUGGUCUGCUGAUUCAGGAAUACCACACAUGGCCAUAACUCUAUGUAAAUAACAUUAUGUGUCGAUUACACUUGGAAAAUGGAAAAAAAAUGUGUGUACUGUUGUCAUGCGGUUGGUCUGGAGAUGUCUUUUUUUUGUUUUUACAUUUUUAUAUACCAAGUGUUUCUUUACGAUUCUUGAAAUUUGUGUACAAAGCAAUUACUGCAUUUGAAAACGUGUUUAAUACUGCUUUGAUCUGAAUAUAUAACUCUUUGUACAUACAGCAUAUAUCAGUGUUAUUGUAGUUUCAUAGACACAGGCAUUAAAUAACAAAGAAAUCAUUGUCAUGUCAAAAUCGCACUCCACUGAGUAUGAGCAUGUUGGUACUGUAUUGCAUGAGGUCUUAUAAAUAAAGAAAACCUUUACAAUC